GGGCGCGCGGGCGGUGCCGAGGGGCGCGGCGUCAAGUGCGUCCUUGUGGGCGACGGCGCGGUUGGCAAGACCAGCCUGGUGGUGAGCUACACCACCAACGGCUACCCCACCGAGUACAUCCCCACGGCCUUCGACAACUUCUCGGCUGUGGUGUCGGUGGAUGGGCGACCUGUGAGACUACAGCUCUGUGACACUGCCGGACAGGACGAGUUUGACAGGCUGAGGCCUCUCUGCUACACCAACGCAGACAUCUUCCUGCUGUGCUUCAGCGUGGUGAGCCCCACAUCCUUCCAGAACGUCAGUGAGAAGUGGGUACAUGAGAUUCGGUGUCACUGCCCCAAGGCCCCCAUCAUCCUAGUGGGGACACAGUCGGACCUCAGAGAAGAUGUCAAAGUUCUCAUCGAGCUGGACAAAUGUAAAGAGAAGCCGGUGCCCGAGGAAGCUGCAAAGCUGUGUGCCGAAGAAAUCAAAGCUGUAUCCUACAUUGAGUGCUCGGCCUUGACUCAGAAAAACCUCAAAGAGGUGUUUGACGCUGCCAUUGUUGCUGGCAUCCAGCACUCCGACUCCCAGCAACAGCCAAAGAAGUGUAAGAACAGGACCCCAGACAAGGUUCCUCCAAUGCAUCUACUGGAGCAGGAUCACGGUUGUCCUUCUGAUCUGGAUGCCUGCAUCACUGCUGAGGGCAGUUUGCACCUCACUGUGCUCUGUAUCUCAGUGGCUCGAACUAUCUUCGCACUGUGCCAGUCUGUUAUAGAAACUGAGAGGGAGCUGACAGGUGACUGAGCAGCACGUGGGAUCAGCAAUCAUUUGAGUAAUAUGGUUUGUUUUGAACUUUAUGUUGUCUCGGUUUUAUUGAAUUAAUGAGAAAACAAUGUCUAGCCACUAAUAUUCAUGAGUACCCCCUUGCAGUCUGUUUUCAUUGUAGUAGGCUAUGUACAUUUCUAAUGUUUUAGACUAAUUUAAGAGAUCACAACACAGUGAGGACAAAAUACUGCAAGUUUCAUGUCUUUUUUUUUUUCCUAAAUAAAAUUCUAAACUUUUC